ACGGGCUCAAAAGCAAUCAAAAGAUAAAAUAUAUGGUCUGCCAGCAAUAUUUUUGGUUAACAACUGCACAAAGCAAUUCACAACCGAAAAGUGAAAAUGUCUGACAGAAUCGUGAUUUCUGUGAAAGAAGGAAAAAUUCGUGGCAUUAAAAGAAAAUUCGAAUAUUCUGGUGCAGAAUACUUCUCUUUCUAUGGAGUACCAUAUGGACAAUUACCUACCAGUUCAUUGCGAUUUAAGGAUCCAGUGAAAGUGAAACCUUGGAAAGAUAUUUACGAUGCUACAAUUGAAAAACCAGGCUGCUUACAAUUUUCACUAAUGCUUUAUCGAUUGUUAGGAUCGGAAGAUUGCUUAUUUAAUAACAUCCACACGCCUGAGUUGCCAACAAAAUUCAGCUCAUUGAAACCUGUAAUCGUCCGUAUUCAUGGCGGAGGAUAUUUCCAUGGUUCACCAAAUGAAGAUCAAUCUGGAAGCAUCGCCAACAUCAUGCAUCAUGAUAUAGUUUACGUUGGCAUUGCGCAUCGAUUACAUAUUCUGGGUUUCGCAAAUUUAGGAAUAAAAGAAUGCUCUGGAAAUCAGGGCAUCAAAGAUAUCAUACUGUCGCUUCAUUGGAUCAAGGAUAACAUAAAAUCAUUCGGAGGUGAUCCUGAGAAUAUCACUUUAAUAGGGGGCAGCAGCGGAGCAGUAAUUAAUCACAUAUUAAUGUUAUCGCCAGUGACUAAAGGCCUGUUUCACAAAGCUGUGAUAAUGGGAUCACACUUGUUCAAUCCGACUGAUCCAUAUUGCAAGGACACAAACGAAGAAUUGGUUUUCAAAUUAGCCUGCUCGCAAGGUUACAAAGGCAAUUUAAAAGAUAAGAAAAAAUUACUAUCGUUUUUGAAGAAGUUAAAUCCUUUGCAAUUUGUUGAAGGGCAAAGAAGCUACCUCGUAAAAGAAUUUCGUCAGGUAAAGAUAAAAAAAUUAAUUUUAAUGGCACCUCCCUCAAAUCCUUAUGUAAUGUACAUGUAUACCUAAUUUUACAUUUUACCUAGACCAAUGCUCCAAUACUACCUUGUGGAGUUUUCAUCCCAAGUGUGGACGGUGGGGAAAACGGAGUAUUACCUGAAUUUCCCAGGAAUUUAAUACCGUCAACGGCACGCAUUCCAAUCAUCAUUGGGUAUGGCGAGAGGGAAGCAGCUAUGGGAUUCGUUCGAGGACCAGUGAGAGAAAGUUCUGAAAAUAACUUUAAAACUUCAGCUCGUCAAAAUAAAUGGGGAUGGGGACGUGAACUGAGUGACGAAGAUAUUGAUCUCAUAUACAAACAAGUCGAAUCUUUCUAUUUGGAGGGAAAGUCUAUAAAGCAAGCAUCUUUGUCUACAAUGAUCGAUAUUCAAACCGGUAUCAUAAUGUCGGAUGUUUACGAUACUCUAAUUAAUGUGGUCGCUUCUGAUCCAAAAUCACCCGUGUACGUUUAUAAAUUUCUAUUCGAAGGUGAAAUGGAAACUGUGAAGAAUAGAUUUAUCAAUUUGUACGAUGAACGAUUGGAAGGUACCUUUCAUGGCGAUGACAUGUGUUAUUGGAGCCACGUUGGCGAACCCCUCAACACCAAAACUAAACAGAUGAUAGAAACAUUUACGAAAUUCAUAGUCUCCUUUGCGAGAACAGGGGAUCCCAACAACGAAACUUUGCCGGUUCAGUGGAGACCUACCAAACCGGAUACGCCUUGUUACCUGAGCAUUAGCAAUGAACUAGAAAUGGUCAACAGUCGACUGCACGACGAAAAAUUACAAUUUCUGGGACAAAAUAAAGAGA